AUGGCCAGUCGGAAGAAGUCACACGUCUUUCGGGUGACCGGCCUGUCGCGGGAACAGCCCGAUGACGAUCUCCAAAACGCAUUGCAAGAGACACUCCACGACAACCUCACCGACGAUGAGAGAUCGCAGAUCCAGGCGGAGAUCACCGUCGUGCCCUCGUGCUAUGAGAGUGACACACAGAGGGUGGCGCUGGUGCAGUUUCGCGGUGGCGUGCCUCAGUUCCUUUAUAAGCUGAAAGUCGAUCCGCUUGAGGACUGGCAGGUCGAGAUGGGAGACACUGACACUAGCUUUGACCGUCACUUCUUUGGGUUUACCCAGCUCUACGCGCCGGACGAGAAUAAACCAGUGGUUGCUGACAUCAUCGCCAUCACCGGGCUAGAUGGGCAUGCAUACGGAUCGUGGCAGGGCCGCGGGAAUCUCGGUCGGAUGUGGCUUCGGGACUUUCUGUCAAAGGAUUUGCCGCAGUGCCGGACCAUGAUCUACGGAUAUAACUCUAAGCUGUCGAUACGCGGAGUGGAUACGAUCCUCGACUACGGGCGGGGGCUGAUGGAGGAGAUUAAGAAAAUCCGGCAUACGAAGGAGUGCUUAGUGAGGGCAAUCCAGACAAUGGAGGGAGACCACCCGGCAAUCACAUCGCUGUAUCGAGCCACGUACGGCAUGCUCCUCUUUGCCAUCCCCCAUAAAGGACUAGAUUCGGAGAGCGGACGAUGGAAACGCACAGGUGACUUCGUGACGACGGUUGGCGCAGACUCGGCUCUUCUUCAGCUCCCCGACCAUGAAGAGGAUAAGGUGCCGCUAAAUGCUGAUCACUCGACGGUGGUUAAGUUUAAGACGCGUACUGAGGAAGGAUACCAAACAGCGCUUAUUAACUUGCGGCAGUUCUUAGAAGAAGCACCAUCAGUGGUGGCAGCUCGGUUUAAGCAGAUGCGCCAGAAACCCCAGCCGCAAUCCACGGUGCCUUUUAAAAGGGAUCUGACGUUUGUGGGCCGUGAAGCUGUCAUCGGUGGGAUCAAGGAGAAGCAUGGGGCGAUCGGCCAGCGACAUGAGCGGGUGGCAUUGGUGGGGUUGGCAGGUGUUGGAAAAACGCAGGCAGCCAUCGAGUAUGCCUAUCGGCUUGUGUAUCGGUGGUUGUGCGAUGCACGCAAUGGACGCUGGCUGAUGGUGCUUGACAAUGCGGAUGACGAUGGUGGCUUUUUCCGUGGCAAUGCAUCCGAUGAACGAGGGCUACUGGUGCGGUUCCUGCCCCAAGCGGCGCAUGGAUUCAUGCUAAUCACAUCGCGAAAUCGCUUUGCGGCACGGAAUCUGGUGGGGAGUGAUGGUGAUGUGAUUACAGUCCAGCCAAUGAACGAGGAAGAGUCGGUCGCGCUUUUACGGCUAAGACUUCUAGAUCCUCCCUCUGGAGAGUCGGGAGAGGACGAGAGGGCACUGGUGCAGGCACUCGAAUAUAUUCCGCUGGCACUUAUCCAGACUGCGGCAUAUAUUGCUAAUCGAUCCCCCCUGAUUAACGUCUCCGCAUACCUUCGACUUUUCCAUGAAAGCGAAUCGAAGCGGAUGCGGCUGCUCCAGACUGAGGAUUCCACAGAUCUCCGGCGUGAUCCCAGCAUUCGAUAUGCGGUGAUCACAACAUGGCAGCUAUCAUUCAAGCAAAUCCGUCAGGAGCAGCCUGCAGCAACUGAUCUCCUGGCGUUGAUGAGUAUGUUCGAUCGGCAGGGUAUCCCCGAAAAUCUGGUGCGUGACUCGGAUCAAGAUGAGCUUGACUUUCACGAUGCAUUGGCGCCGCUGCUCAGCUAUUCUCUGGUCCGGUUGGAAAGGGACGAACGAUUGUUUGACAUGCACCUGCUCGUGCAAUUGUCGGUCCGGGCGUGGCUGCAGCAGCACCAGCAGCUCCAGGGCUGGCAGGUCAAAUCACGUGGCAUUAUGGCACGGGCAUUUCCCGAUGGCAACUACGAAAGCUGGACACAAUGUCGCUCGCUCCUUGCGCAUGCCAAGAGUGUGCUAACGUCUAUCAACGACGCAGAUGAUAACGAUCGAUUGAAUGCUGCCGCCCUCUCCUCUCAUUGUGGUCGUUUUCUGGAACUUCAAGGAGCAUACGAAGAGGCGAAAGCGAUGCAUCGACAGGCGUUAGAAGCGCGGGAGAAGGUGCUUGGACGUGAGCAUCCCUCCACGCUCAUCAGUGUCAGUAAUCUUGGCAACGUGCUCUUCAGCCAAGGGAAAUAUGAAGAGGCGGAAACGAUUCAUCGACAGGCGCUGGAAGGGAGUGAGAAGAUUCUUGGACGUGAACAUCCCUCCACGCUGGCCAGUGUCAGUAAUGUUGGCAACGUGCUCUUCAGCCAAGGGAAAUAUAAAGAGGCGAAAGCGGUGCAUCGACGGGCGCUAGGAGCACGAGAGAAGAUUCUUGGACGUGAACAUCCUGACACGCUGACCAGUGUCAGUAAUCUUGGCAGCGUGCUCUCCAGGCAAGGAAAAUAUGAAGAGGCGGAAGCGAUGCAUCGGCGGGCGCUUGAAGGAUGUGAGAGGGAGUUUGGACGUGAACAUCCCUCCACGCUGGCCAGUGUCAGUAAUGUUGGCAACGUGCUCUUCAGCCAAGGGAAAUAUGAAGAGGCGAAAGCGGUGCAUCGACGGGCGCUAGGAGCACGAGAGAAGAUUCUUGGACGUGAACAUCCUGACACGCUGACCAGUGUCAGUAAUCUUGGCAGCGUGCUCUCCAGGCAAGGAAAAUAUGAAGAGGCGGAAGCGAUGCAUCGGCGGGCGCUUGAAGGAUAUGAGAGGGAGUUUGGACGUGAGCACCCCUCCGCGCUUACCAGUGUUAGUAACCUUGGCGGUGUGCUUGACAGCCAAGGGAAAUACGAAGAGGCGGAAGCGAUGUGUCGACGGGCGUUGGAAGCACGAGAGAAGGUGCUUGGACGUGAGCAUCCUGACACGCUCACCAGUGUCAGUGGCCUUAGCUGUAUACUUAGCAUCCAAGGGAAAUAUGAAGAGGCGGAAUCAGUGCUUCGACGGGCGCUAGAAGGAUACAAGAAGGUGCUUGGAUGGAAAUAUAACGAGGCGGAAACGAUGCAUCGACGGGCGCUGGAAGGGAGUGAGAAGGUGCUUGGACGCGAGCAUCCUGACACGCUCACCAGUGUCAGUGACCUUGGCUGUAUACUUAACAGCCAAGGGAAAUACGAAGAGGCGGAAGCGAUGCAUAGACUGGCGUUGGAAGCACGAGAGCAGAUGCAUGGAUGUGAACAUCCCACCACGCUUACCAGUGUCAGUAAUCUUGGCAAUGUGCUCUUGAGGCAAGGAAAAUGUGAAGAGGCGGAAGCGCUGCAUCGACGGGCGCUAGGAGCACGGGAGAAGAUUCUUAGACGUGAACAUCCUGACACGCUUACCAGUGUUAACAACCUUGGCUUUGUGCUUGACAGACAAGGGAUAUAUGAAGAGGCGGAAGCGAUGCAUCGCCAGGCGCUAGGAGCACGAGAGAAGAUGCUUGGACGUGAACAUCCCACCACGCUUACCAGUGUCAGUAAUCUUGGCAAUGUGCUCUUGAGGCAAGGAAAAUAUGAAGAGGCGGAAGCGAUGCAUCGACGGGCGUGGGAAGCGGGAGAUAAGGACUUUUAA